CAAAUAAUUUGAGCAAUGGAGACCUCCAAGGUACUGAGAGACAUGGCAUCAGAGCUGUCAAAGUCUAUGAAGCCAGAGUCUCUUCCACUCAUCACUGCUGAAACAUCUUCAGCGUAUGUUCACAAACGAGUUACCAAAGAACAAAAGAAGCCUGUUCUCAAGAAAAACUCUAAAAGUGCUGCACUCUUAAAAGCUGGUUACACAAAAGAGAAAAGGAUGUUUGAAAUAACGAUGAUGGUUUCAUUUGUUAUCCUCCAGCUGACGAUUAUGACUCUUGUAAUGUAUCAUUUUAAGAGGCAAUACUUUGGAGCUUUCAUAAUGUCCUUAGUGUUUGGUGCAUUGUUAGCAGAUUUCAUGUCCGGUCUAGUCCAUUGGGCAGCAGAUACAUGGGGAACCGUGAAUAUACCUAUCAUAGGACAAGCGUUUAUCAGACCGUUUCGGGAGCACCACGUGGACCCGGUUGCCAUGACAAAACACGACAUAGUUGAGACGAACGGAGAUAACUGCAUGUUAUCCAACUUGUUUCUAGUUCCCUUACUUUCCUGUUGCUAUCUGUACGGGGAGGAGUGGAUGCUGCAAAACUUCUCUCUCCUUGUGUUCGGAGCUACUUUCACCAUCUACGUUUGUCUCACUAACCAGAUACACAAGUGGAGUCACAUGAUAAGUGGAGUGCCGAAGUGGGUGAAAGUGCUGCAGGAUGCCCACAUCAUAAUGCCGCGCCCCCACCACCACAUCCAUCACAUCUCCCCUCACGAGACUUACUUCUGUAUCACUGGCGGGUGGUUGAACUAUCCGUUGGAGAAGAUUCAGUUUUUCCAGACUCUCGAAUUUAUAAUCGAGGCUUUAACAGCGCACAAACCCCGAUCUGACGACCAGAAGUGGCUGAAAGGUUAAUGAGUACAACACCCCUGUUACCAUGGUUACACCCCCCCCCCCCCCCCCCCCACUAGAGUACAACACAGAACACUACACUGUUACCAUGGUUACACCCCCUCUGGAGUACAACACCCCUGUUACCAUGGUUACAUUACCACAAGAGUACAACACUACUCUGUUACCAUGGUUACACCCCCACUUUCGCAGUGACCAAACUAAAACUUAUGCCACGAUAUAUAGAACAUUCUAGCAUAUUAUAAUAUUAGUACAGUAGUACUGUAGUACUGUAGUAAGAGUAGAGGAUGUCUCUCUUUGUAUUCCACGCUAAAUUAAUUAAUUGAGCGUGAUUGGGGUUGAGCUGUAGUAUAGUGGGGGGGGGGGGGUGGUGUAGUCAGGCACGUAGCCAGGGGGGGCAGAGGGCCUGGGGAAAAAUUGAACCCCAGAAAAAAAAAGCCCCCUAGUCCCCAUGGUCGCCUGGUAACUGUGCUGUGUUUAUGACUGCAGUCUGUACUGUUUAAACGGCAGGCAAUUGACUUCAGCAUUUCGUAAAUUAUUCCCAAAUCCCACUAUACAAUUACAUGUACUUAUUCCAUUCAAUGUGGUAAGUACUGAGUUCGGUAGGGACUGGUAAGACAUUUUGGCAUUUGCUUAGUGCUUAAUUUAGUUUAUUGCUGUCCUACAAAUUUCUUUAAUUAAUAUGCCAAAUGUCGUCUAAAACACCCUAUUUCUCAAAUUUUUUCCGGGGGGCCUCUGUAUUUGGAAGUUUGGAGAAGCGUCCUCAAUUUAUUAAACAAGCGUAAAGAGUUGCAGUAAUUAAUAAUUAGCGGUAAUUAAUAAUUAGCAGUAAUUAAUAAUCAAUAAUUACUAAAUGCGAGAUGGGUUAUCAAUAUUGGGUUCUUUGGUGAUAAUAAUGUUUUUUUUGAUAAGUUUCCUAAAUUUGUAUGUAUAGUUGUUAACUAUAGGUUACUAGUUGGGUUUAAUUAUAUUGUGAACGGUUAUUCUCAUAGCGUAAUUUUAAAACAUAUCCCUUCAAUUUGAUCGUGAUUAAUUAAAAUUGUGAUCAUAUCUUUCGUUUACCAUUGUUUAAAAGAUAAUUUAGUAUUUACUUACUUUUAGUUGUUCGUUUAUUUGUAAAUAUAAUUACGGAUGAUUUGUGUUUAUUGUGUUGCCAAUUUUCACUAAUUUGUAGAUCUGUCGUUAAUUUACUGAGAAUAUUGAUACGAAGAAUUAAUUAAUUAAGAAUUAAUUGUACAUACAUAAAGUUUGUAUCCUCCAGUUACAUUUGAAGGUGCUUUCGUAACACUAACACUAUUGAUUACAGUAUGAUAUUUAGCAAAAUUUCGUUUUACAUCAAAAAUUCGCAUUU